GCUGAGCCCACGUGUGACGCUUUCAUUCCCGGCUCAGUAAUAUUCUCAUAGCGGGGCUUUGCAUAUCUCCGGCUCCGGAUCUGUGUGUGUGUGUGUGUGUCCGUCCUCUGCCGCCGCCGCCGCUGCACAGUCCCAGCCGAGAGUUGUUUGGAAUAGACAUGGAAGGAGACGGGAGUCAAGCCACAUCCGGAAGCCUGAGCGACUCCCAGCAUGACCCGGGCAAAAUGUUUAUCGGUGGCCUCAGCUGGCAAACCUCACCAGACAGCCUUAGAGACUAUUUCAGUAAAUUCGGAGAGAUCCGAGAAUGUAUGGUGAUGAGAGACCCCACGACGAAACGCUCAAGAGGAUUUGGGUUUGUUACGUUCACAGACGCCGCCAGUGUAGAUAAAGUCUUAGCUCAACAACACCACGAAUUAGACUCAAAGACGAUUGAUCCUAAGGUUGCCUUUCCCCGUCGCGCCCAGCCUAAGAUGGUCACAAGAACAAAGAAAAUAUUUGUGGGUGGCUUGUCAGCCAACACAGUAGUGGAAGAUGUGAAGCAGUAUUUUGAACAGUUCGGGAAGGUUGACGACGCCAUGCUUAUGUUCGAUAAGACUACUAACAGACAUAGAGGAUUUGGUUUCAUAACUUUUGAGAGUGAAGACAUCGUAGAGAAAGUCUGUGAAAUUCAUUUUCAUGAAAUCAAUAACAAAAUGGUAGAAUGUAAGAAGGCCCAGCCCAAGGAGGUGAUGUUCCCACCAGGUACACGAGGGCGAGCCAGGGGUCUGCCCUACACCAUGGAUGCCUUCAUGCUGGGGAUGGGCAUGCUGAGUUACCCCAACAUUGUGGCGACGUACGGCCGCGGAUACACUGGAUUCGCACCCAGCUACAGCUACCAGUUCCCCGGCUUCCCAGCGACAGCGUACGGACCGGUGGCGGCGGCAGCGGUAGCAGCAGCGCGUGGCUCAGGUAGGGGGGCCCGUGGAAGAGGCGGCUACUUGGCGUACCCACAGAGCACAGGGCCAGGCCUCCCCGAUUAUGGGUUUUACUCUACGCCCAGUGACCAGAGGGGGGGGCCCUGCUCCUUUGCUGACUAUGGCUCCCUGGGGCCCCAAGCGGCUCAGAUGCUGCACAGUGAGCAUGCCACCUCCGCCUGCAACUCCCCCCUCCAGCACCUACACAGCCCGGAUCAGUUUAAGAACCCAGGCGCCAACCCGUCAAGGCCCGGAGGUUUCCCUGGUGCUAACAGCCCAGGGCCCGUGGCCGACCUGUACGGACCGGGCAGCCAGGACUCAGCUGUGGGCAACUACAUCAGUGCUGCUAGCCCUCAGCCUGGCUCUGGGUUUGGCCCCAGCAUCACAGGCCCGUUGAUUGCAACAGCUUUUACAAAUGGAUACCAUUGAACAGGUGGCCGGUUGCCAUCUCAUCAGAGAGUAUAUCUGGUGGCCCAGGAAAGACAGGACGAAGUUUCUAAUUGGCUUUGUGUGCAGGUGACGCUAAUCCAACUUCAAGCACUACGCUGUCACCCAGGAGAAAAGAUCGAAAGGGGGAAACCAUACGAAGAAGAAAAGAAAAACGUUAGUCAUCUCAGAAAAAUAACAACUGCUGUACUAUAAUCCAAACCUCCUAUAACUUUACAACCUGGUUUGGUGUGAUGUUUCACGUCAAUCUCAUUCACCUGUUUCCUUCCUCUGUUUUAGCGUUCUGUUUUUUGAUUAGUUUUUAGAGAGUCAAUUUUAGUUCGACCUUGAUUUUGUGUCAUUUUAUUUGAUCUCCUGGUAUCUUUGUGUAAAUGAAUUUUGUUUGAAGUGCGGGCGGUGGGCGGGGGGGUCAUAGCCAAGAAUAUCUGCAAGUCAUGUCUUCAUCUUUGUAUGGGUCAGUGUAAAAGGAAAACGAUGGGAUGUUCCUUUCAGUCUUCCCGCAAAAAAAGAAGCUUGGGGAAAGACGUGGAGAAAAAAAAAAAUCAAUUUUAAGGAAACUUUAAAGAAGGUAUCUAAGUAAUAAAUCUUAGUAGCUGUUUUA